CCAACUACUUUCUGCAGCCCACAGUUCUUUCCUCCGCUCUGUUGUAAACUUCUAUUGGAGUCAUCCCUUAUACAUAAAUCAAAUCUAAUCCACACUGUGCCUGACGAAACUAAGGGCUGUGGCAGCAUGCAGGUCUCCGUGGCUUUGGUUUUGUGUGCGGCAGUGCUGACUGCAUGGGUCUCCAUUGCAGAUGCCAAGGAGUUAUCCAUCACCACGAUAAAGGAGGAUCCAUACACGAUGAGCCGGGGCUCUCAGCUGGAGGGCUACUGCGUUGAUCUGAUAUCAGAGCUCUCCAAGAAGCUGGGCUUCAAAUACAAAAUACACAUGGUGAAGGACGGCCGAUACGGCGCCAUGGACUCCAGCGGCCAAUGGAACGGUAUGAUCGGUGAGGUUAUCAGAGGGGAAGCUGACUUGGCUGUGGCCCCGCUGACCGUCACCGCGGUCAGAGAGCAGUAUGUGGACAUGGCUGCCCCCUUCAUCCAAACGGGACUCAGUUUCAUUCUGCACAGAGACUCAGACUCUGAAGAGAGCACAUUCAGCCUCCUGUCACCCUUCUCCACCGACAUGUGGGUUGGUGUUCUGGUCUCCUUCCUGACUGCAGCUCUCUGCAUCUUCCUGGUGGGCAGGAUCAGUCCUUCUGAAUGGGCCGAGCCGGAAAAAGACGAGCACAGCUUCACUUUGCUGCACAGUUUCUGGUACAUCACGGGAGCACUCACCCUGCAAGGCGCUGGUCCUCACCCUAAAGCCCUGUCUGGACGUGUCAUCAGCGCCAUCUGGUGGAUUUUCUCUGUGCUGCUGCUCGCCUCCUACUUCUGCAACUUCAACGCCAUGGUCCAUUCCAACAACAAACACAUCUCCAUCACGACCUUUGAGGACCUGGCAAGCCAGGAUGUGAUCGAUUACGGCACGGUCGAAUCAGGAUCCACCAUGCUCUUCUUUAAAAACUCCAACAACCCUGUGUUCCGGCGGAUCCACCAGCACAUGGAGCGCAAGAAGAGCUACGUGGCCAGCACAGCGGAGGGAAUUCGUCGCGCCCAAGAGGGAAACUUUGCAUUCAUCGGUGAAGCAGUGUCCCUGGACUUGGCAGAAGCUCGUUACUGCAACCUCAUCCGUGCACCGCAAGUGAUCUCCAUGAGAGCCUACAGCAUCGCAGCACCUCUGGGUUCUCCGCUGAUGAAGAACCUGACCAUCGCCAUCCUUCAGCUCAGUGAGUCUGGUGAGUUAACGCACCUGCGUGCCAAGUGGUGGGCCAGCAGCUGCAGCGGUGCAAAUGUAGACCAGACCUCUGGCGCUCUGCAGCCUCACGACCUGAGCGGCCUCUUCCUCCUCCUGGGACUGGGACUGGGCGUGGGGCUCCUUCUGUCCCUGCUGGAGCUUUUAUCCAGAGCCCGUAACCAAGCCAAGGACAGUAAGAGAUCCUGCUGCUCGGUGUUGACGUCGGAGCUGAACCGGAGGUUCGGCAGUGAAGGAGAGAAUGCCGAGCAGGAGAGCUCAGACAAGAGCAAAGCAUAAAAGAAGCAUCCACAGCUGCUUUGUGAUGAGACGAAAGUAGGCUGGGAACACCCGUCCUGCUCGUCAAACACCCUAGCUUUCUGUUUCUUCACAGUAACAACCACUCUUCGUUAUUGUCGUUCAGUGUGUCUUUUACUAUCGUAGGAAAAGCUAAACGACCGUUUGGAGUUGCUCUGAUACCGGCAGCAACUGAGGACUGUAGGUCUCCAAACCACGAAUGCUAACCACCGUUUUUAUCUACAUGCCACUUCUGAUUGACGUCUGAACAAACUUGUGCUUGUGCUUGUUCCAAAUAAAUCCUCCCGUAUUUCAGAUGGGUUUUUUCUUCUUUUGUAAAGUUUAAGAUGCUAUUGGAGCUUGUUUCAGACUCGUGUGUGAACGUGUGUUGUUGUCUUACAGAAACAUUUCCUGUAUAAACGUGCGCUAAUCAAUGUGUUUGUUAGCAACUGAUUAAAAGACUACAUAAUGUGAA